GAGAGAGAGAGGAGAGAGAAGGGGGGUCUGAUGCAGACAUCACAUCACAUGAGCAGGGAACUGUUUACAAACUGAACGGGAGCAGUCGCAUCACCACAGCCAUGGAGGAUCGGGAAUAAAGAAAAGGAAACUUGCAUCUUGUAGGAGGUUGGUAGAUCUUAUCAGUUUACUGGAAUAAUAACAAGACGCCGAUAAUUAGAAUUAUUCUUAUUGAAGGAAAGCACAGCUUGAAAUCCUUUUUUUCCCAUUGUGUGGCAGGAAUCCUUUGUUUUCAUUUUUAAAUAGCAAGUUCUGAAAGCAAGACAGAUCCACUUGAGCCUCAGGUGCUAAUGGCCAAAGAAAGUCGACGUCACUGAUCAUAUUAUAGACAUGCUUGUUGUGCAUUAAAAACAGACAGUGUUGGCAGAGAGGCAUGCAGCUGCUGUUGUCUGGGGUUCUGUCCUAAAAUAAUGCGACUUGCACUGAAGAGCAAACCCUGUUGUAUGCUCAUCUCAAAACUGCAGCAUACCUCGAGAAGCUGGACCUAACUGUUGGACUUGUGUUUUGAUUCAAGUAAGCCACUUGAAAGCACUGGGUGAGGUUUCUGAGGCUGUCAACACAAGAAUAAUUGGAAAACGUGUUGUAAUAGACUAACCUUAGGAACAUUUCAGAGCUGAGAAAAAGACAUUGCGAAGGGUUUGAAUUGGAAUCUGCUGGCUUUCCCUGGAAUCAGUAGCUCUGCUCCUGGAAGAAAAACAAAACAAUAGCUUGUGGGAAUGCAGUGCAGUUUAUAUCCUGAUAUCUUAUAUAUUUGUGCAUGCUUGUGGAAUCAGCACUGAUUUGUUUCCUCUUCAAACCAGUAAGAAUCGGACAUCAAGCCCAUCCUCUCAAUCCAUCAUAGCAAAGUUCUCCCCAUACAUGCUGACUGGGUAGACUGGCAGUUCUCUGUGACAGGGUGGCAGACUGCUUUUGGCUGUUUUGCUGGAUUGCUGUAGCCGCUGGGAGUCGUAUUUCAUGCACCCAUUCCAGUGGUGUAAGGGAUGUUUGUGUGGACUAGGGUUUCAGCAUUCUGACGAGUCCUGUAAGAUGUCUUCUGACCUCCCAUUAAACAUGUACGUCAUUAUCCUGGGCAUCGGGCUCUUCAUCUUCAUGCUGAGCAUGAUACUCUGCUGCUAUCUGUUCAGGUUAAGACGGCAGGGAAGAAGAGAACAGUAUGGAUAUAAUGAGGUGGUGCUGAAGGGUGCAGGAAAGAAGCUUAGUCUCCUGGGGCAGACGUGUGCCGUGUGUUUGGAAGAGUUCAAAGCCAAGGACGAGCUCGGGGUGUGCCCUUGUUCUCACGCAUUUCACAAAAAAUGCCUGGUGAAGUGGCUGGAGAUACGCAGCGUAUGCCCGAUGUGCAACAAGCUCAUCUGCAGGCUGGCAGACACGCGCCAGGGAGCUGAAGCGCCACAGAACCAACAGGAAGUGUAAGGAGGAGGAAAGAGGGAGGCAUGCAGGCUGCUGUGAAUGGAGCCAGCUGUCUCCAUGGUGAUGUGUCCCUUGGCAAAGCAGGCAGUGCUACUGCCAUUCCAAACAAAACCAGAUACAAACAACUGGAGAGGGAAGCUGUGUUAUAUGCAACCACCUGCCUUGCAGAGAUAUAACAACAGGGAGCUGUGUGUGUAAGGACCGUGCAACCGAGUCUUCUGCUUUGAAACAAGAGCCGAUUGGCUGGGAAGAGCCGCUUUUUACCCUCUCCUCUCAGACAGAUCACAGAUCAGGGUGAUUUUUCAAGAGACACAUUCACCUUUAAUACAUACUUUUUGGAGUUGCUUUUGUUAAUAGAAAGAAAAAAAUAAUGGUGUGCUGACUAGCAACUGGUUUUUGGAAGCCAUAUUGCUACUAAUGAAUUGCCAAUGGACUGGGAACAAAUUAAAGUAGUGUUUCUAAUUAUUAUUAUUAUUUUCUUAUACGUUAUUCAAAUAAAAACUGCUCCAAUG